AUGGCAGAGGGCUCGUACGUCCCAAACAAGGGCUUCUUGCCGGACCUGGUCGUGCCUGUCUGUGCGCUGCUUGUUCUCCUGCUCUCAUGCUCAACGCUUGUGCAAUCCCUUUCUCUUCCGCACCAACCCACGCCCACAGGGAGACGCCUCCCCGAUUCUGAUGCCACGCCUGCUCUUCUCCUCCAAAUGGAGCACCACCACUUGACGCCCCCACUUCCCCACCGCGCCCACAGGGAGACAGCAGAGGGCUCUUAUGUGCCGAACAAGGGCUUCCUGCCAGACCUGGUUGUGCCCGACCCUGAUGCCGAGCCUGUUCCGUCAGAGGGAGCAGCACCUGAAGAUUCGCCUGAUGAUUCACCUGAUGACGAUUUGGGUGCUACUGGGACUGGAGGGGGGGAGGGUGAGGCCGGGCGAGGUGAGGGGAGGGGCGAUGAGGAGGGAGAGGCAGGUGCGGUGAUGGAGGAGGGGGCAGCAGCAGCAACAGCAGCAGCAGCAGCAGCAGCAGCAGCUUCAUCAGAGCACCUGUCCAAUCAUGUGCUGCCAUGUCGGCCGCCCGGCACAACAGUGGACAUCAAGAGGUCGUCUCACAAGAAGCUGAGCAAGUGGCUGCAUGCCAAGGCCGUUGAUGGGCUGAUAUGCGGCAAGGAGGACAAGCACCGAAAGGAGUUCAUCCUCUCUGCCUGCCAUUUCCUACAGGCUACCGCCACCCGACCCUUCCCAUUGUACAGGCUACCGCCACCCGACCCUUCCCUUCCCUUGCACCCAUCACUACUUUCGAUGCACUCAUCUAUCUUCUCCCUUCCCUCCCCCCUCACAGAUAUGCGGCAAGGAGGACAAGCACCGAAAGGAAUAAGCGGCAAGGAGGACAAGCACCGAAAGGAGUUCAUCCUCUCCGCUGUCAACUACCGCCACCCGACCCUCAUUGCCUUCACGCCAGACAAGACAAACAAGCCCGCCCAGACCCCUGCUGCUGCAACCCUUGACGCAUCCCCAGCCGCACCUGGAGCACCGACCACCACCGCCACCACCACCACAACCACCAGCAGCAGCGGUAGCGGCAGCAGCAGCAGUGGAGGGCUGACAGUAGAGGAGGUAUUGAAACCUACCCACCACGUGUCAGCCAUUUUCGAAGCCGGAGGGCUCGACCCACACGCCUACUACUCCCCCUCGGCUGCCCGCGAGGCUGCUCUCACAAAGCCUUCCGACCCCUCUAUAGUCAUCCUCGACGCACCGCUCUGCGACGCACUGUACAAAGGCGCGAUAAAAAAGGGCGCCACGUACCCCACGGAAUGCCACAAGCGGGAACUGGGUCCGACUAUAGUGAAGCGCAUCCAGGCGCAUCACAGGGUGGAGAGAGCUUCUAUAGGGAAAAGCAUCGUGCGCAAGGGAGGGUUGGUGCCGGUGCAGAUUCUGGUGGAGAGGCGGCAGGGCAACAAGAAGGUGACGCGCGUGUCGAGGCUGGAGGCUUAUCUGGUGGAGGCUGAGCCUCUCGCUGCUCAGCUGCAGAGGAAGUUUGCUUCGAGCACAUCAAUGGCUGAAGUGCCACGCGGGUUUUGGGUUUAG